GUGGUGGCAGGCAGGCAGGCAAUUGGUUGGUUGGUUGGAGGUGACGGACCAUGCAAGGCGGGACCUCUCCGCGGAAGGUAAUGGUGGUGGCAGAGCCAACCCGUGAGUCGGCUGUUGCACUACAAUACGCUCUUUCCCAUGCGGUGCUUGAGCAAGAUGAAUUGAUUCUCCUCCACGUUGAAAACCCAAACUCGUGGCGAAACACAUUCUCUACGUUCCUUAGAAGGCCGAGUGUAGGCUCCUCGGAUGGAGGUGGAGGAGGAGGGGAUGUGGAUUUUCUUGAAGAAAUGAAGCAUGCAUGCAAGGCUGCUCAGCCCAAAUUGCCCGUUAGUGUAGAGAGGAUGGAAAUGGAAGGCAAGGACAAGGCUAGCGUUAUUCUUUUCCGAAGCAUCAUACUCGGGAUCGAUCUCAUAGUUAUAGGGCAGCGGCGAAGUCUCUCAACAGCCAUUUUAGGAUGUAGGCGGCAGGGAGGGUCUCUGAGAGGGACUAAAGGGAUAGACACAGCAGAGUAUUUGAUUGAGAACAGCAAGUGCACCUGUGUUGGUGUACAGAAAAAGGGCCAAAAUGCAGGCUUUCUUCUCAAUACAAAAACCCACAAAAAUUUCUGGCUCCUGGCAUAAAACCACCUCAUCAUCUAUCCGACUCGGCUCGAUUGAUUCACUCGUUUUUGUUGGGACACCAGAAACAGACCAAUUAGACUGCUUUGCGUUUGCCAAAUCAGCUAUGUACUAGAUUUAGUGCACUUUCAAAUUAAGACAUCUUCUGUUGUCUUUUCUCAGCUAUGUAUGAUUUUCUUUACACUUGAUGAACAAAGAUUGUACAUAAGUAGUUUUGGUCGCAUUUGUACAAUGAAGCAUUUUAUUUUACGAUUAAAAGAAGAAAACCAAAUAGAAAACAGACAACUAUCAAGGAAUGAAGAAAAAAAUUGAUUAUAUGAUAUUGCAUGACAUUGACAUAUAUAGCUUAAGAGCCAUGACAGACACGGGGUCAAGAAAAGAACUUUAGAGUUCAUCACG